CCCACCACCUCCUCCCCAAACUGCCCCUGCCUCACUCUCGCUCUCUCUUUCUCUGUGUGUGUUUCUGUCAUCCUGUGGCGAGCUGCGGAUCUACCGUGUCGAGGCAGCAGCGCUUCACUCAGCGUCAGCUCCAGCUCCAGUUCGGUAAAGUUGUGUGAGGAGGAGAAGCGGGUCGUCGUCGAGGUUUCAGGCGGUUUUUAAGAGAAAGCUGACCACACUGCUGGAGUAAAUCUCAACACAGGAGAGAAAGAAGGAGGGAGAGCAGCGAAACAGAGCGAAAACACACUCAAACACACACCGCGGACUGACUGAAGAGCGUCUCUUUCCCAGAGCUGAGUCUGCUGCUGCUGAGAGACGUGUGAGGAGGAAUAAUGAGGAACGUGUGGAUGUUGAUAACUCUCUGGGCUCUUUGCUUCUGGGGUGAAGGGGUGCUGGUGUCGGGUCAGCCUUCCACAGCUGAUGACAUCUACCUGGAGGAACAGCAGUCAGGUGAUUAUCCUGUUGAUGAUGAUGACUACAACUCUGGCUCAGGAUCAGGUUUCAGUGAAGAUGAUGAGGAUAGAGUGUCAGUGAGAAAGGAGAACAUGAAUCCUGUGGAAACGUUCACUCAGACCAGCAGCCCCAGCCUGGAGACGCCCUCACAUAUUGAUUAUAGCUCAGCUGUGGACACCACAGAGGACUACCAGACUGACACAGAGGUGUUUGAUUAUCAAACUGAGGGGACACAGGGCAUCGAUGUACCCACCAGCACCAGCAGUUCCCCUAGUCUGUCACAGGAAUCUGAAAAGCACCACGAGGGGAAGAAAACCUCAGAAACCCUCUUCCAGAGGACAGAGGUGCUGGCAGCUGUUAUAGCUGGUGGUGUGAUCGGCUUCCUGUUUGCUAUCUUCCUCAUCCUCAUCUUGGUGUACCGCAUGAGGAAGAAGGACGAGGGCAGCUACGACCUGGGGGAGCGUAAACCACCCAGCACAGCCUACCAGAAAGCCCCAACCAAGGAGUUCUAUGCCUAAAUGACCAUUUACUCUUUAACAUCAACAUCAGUCUACAUGACAACCAGUUCCUCAGUCUUUUAAAAGAAAGCUGGAAUGAUGAAAGCCUGAGGAGGGUUAUAUUAUUUAAUAGCAAAGAUGUUUUGCUUUAUAAAGCCAAUCAGGUGUUGUGUUUUCAUUUUAGAUUACAAUUUGUUUAUUUUGUUUUAAAAAUUUUAAAAAUGUUGGAGAAAAUAAUGUGUAAUAUAAACCAGUGGAUCAUUUCUUAAAAUUCAUCCAUUGACUACUUUGUAACUGUAGAGGUACAUGUUUGUAUUUUUUAAAAAGCAGAUAAGAGGUUAAUAUGUGGAAUAUAAAUGUACUUCAUCUUUUUCAUUUAAAUCAUUGCCCUGAUAGCUAGUUUCUUAAUUUAGGUAUCACAGGAAUUUUUUAUAUUGUAAAGAUUUAUUGUCCUUUGGGCUUGUUGUGCCAUUUCUAGUUAUGUCAACAUAAAUUUGUAUAUUUUUGUUGAUUAGAAGGACCAACCAUUUCCCAAAAGCUCUUCAUAUUUUGUCGUAUUCCAUAUUUAGGUUGGAAUUGCUUCAGACCCAAAAUCCAUAUGUUCAAUUUUCCUUUUUUAAUGAAGCCAAGAACAAAUUCUAACAUGCUUCAGCACUCUCUGUCUCUGUCACUUUGUCUGUCACUCUCUCUCUCUCUCUCACCAUUUUCCUCAUCUAUUUUCUGGUCUUUCUUUCUUUAGUUGCUAUGCAAGAUAACAUGAACUCAUCUCCCUACCUAAGCUGUUAACAUGUGAAGUGCCAUUGAUUUGUCUUUUAUAACCAUUCCUAGCUGGUCUUCAGUUGUUAAUUAUGUCUAUGGUCCAGGUAGUCCACUUGCAGACUUUGUACUUUCUUUACUAAAAUUUUACCAGUUAAACUCACAUUUUAAGUGAAAUUAAAAAAAAAUUAGGUGAAAUUACUAUUAAGCUGUGAUCUUAAUAAAAACUAUACUUGAUUCAUAGACACCUGUUGACAAAAGUAAAUAUCAUUCCUGUCAUGCAAAAACAUUGUCUCUAAAAUGGCAACGUUACAACAUUCAAAGUUGGAAGGCAAUGUAAAAAGCAAUGUAUAGAGCAUUUCUAUUGGUCUAUUCAUCAUUUAAACACUAAAUGGCUACCAGAAUUAAAUUGUCAGAAAGUUAAAAAUGGGAAAAUUUGAUACAUGUUUUUGUGCGAUACUAUACAUGUUGAAUAAAGUCUUCUAAUUGAUCUGA